AAUUUGAAGUUUCUGGUUUUCAAGUUUCAAACAAGAAACGACCGUUGUUCAAUUGGCUCUCAAGUAUUCGCGUUUUAUCGUGGUACAUUUAUCAAAAACUCGCAAUAAAUUCAAAACAUUGAAAGUGUGUUGUUUAGUUUUAUGGACGUUUGAAUUGAAAUGGCUUCGUUUGACGACCUGGAUGCCCCCCAAUUCUCGACCUUUGAAGAUUACGACCAAGAAGAGGCCGAACAAUACUUCGAAAUCGACCACGAAAGUGAAAGACUGAAAGAUGCAGAAACACAGGAAUUUGAACCUUCAGAACAAUCUGUUGACGAAAAUUUCUAUUCCCCAAUGAACACAAAUUCUAUUUCGUCAGAUAAGCAGUCGUUGGCGAGAAACAUCUUGGAAUUGAGAAGCAGGAAAAUCAGACGAUCCUUGAGUUCCGGGGAUAUCAAAGUUCCUACCGAUAGUUUGUCUAAUAUGUGUUUGAAUGAUAAAAAUAGUGCUAAUUUAGUACCACCCAAAAGCAACGACAAUUUCAAAUACGGUUCUUUAAGGAAGGAGAAUACGGGCAGUCAGUCGAAAUUGCGAUGGUGUUCUCAAGAAAGUUUGAAUCGUUUAGCUGCUCCCAAAAAGAUCCAUUCGUCUACUGGAAAUAUUGCUCAUGCAUCACAAGAAUAUGUAAGUGUAGCUGAAGCUGUCAGAAAGUUUCAUGAAAAAACUCCCAGUCGUUAUCAUUCCCUCAACAAGAAUAAUCCAGCUCCGAAGAAUGCUGUGCCAGCCAAAUUGAAAGCUACUAUUCCAAUGUCACCUCGAUUGUUAACGAAACGAAGAGCAAAAGUCAAUGAACAGGUAUUGUCACAUGAACAGCGACAGCAGUUAGAAUUUGAAAAAGAGCAGAAAUUCAAGAUCAAAGCUCAUCCAAUAAAUAAGAAAAUCUUCCAACCUAUGAAAGCAAUACAUGUAGAGAAAAAGCCACCUACAGUGCCUGAACCUUUCAAGUUGUCGAAGGUCGAACAUAAAAAAACGAUAUCUUCUCCCAAGAAAGAAGAGUAUCAGUUUCAUGCGAAACCAAUACCGAAAUAUAUUGUGGAACCUCCUAAACUGCCAAAAAAACAAGAAAUCAAAGCAACAAUACCAGUAACUCCAACUUUCAUAAAAAAAAUGCCCAAGGCUUCCCCUCUUAAGAAGGAAAUUGAAAAACCACAGACACACACAUUGAGGAAUACCAAGCCUGUACCGUUCAGUUUUGAGAAAAGAGACGAGCGUUUGAUGAAGAAAAAGGAAGAAUUAAUCAAAAAAGUAAUGGAGGAGGAAAAUAAAGCUCGUGAAUUCCAUGCUAGACCUAUUCCCAAGCCUGUAGCUUCCAUAAUAAGCAAGCAGAAACAGAAAUCGUUAACCAGUAGUUCUUCUUCGUUGAAUCAGGGUGACAACUCGAAAAGUGAACAUGAGGAACAUUUCAAAGCUAGGCCGCCAACGGUUCUCUAUCAGAAACCGUUUGAGCCGAAAAAAUUAGAUCAGCCGUUUACCGAAAUCCAACCUUUUAACUUCAACAGUGAAAUGCGAGCAAAAGAGAGGGAGAAAUUUGAACAAAGGAAGAGGGAGCAGGAAGAGUUGGCUGCCAGUCUUUUACAAAAAGAGGAAGAACAACGGUUGCGAAGGGAAGAAGAGGAGAGAAAGAGAAUCAGAGAACAGACCAAUUUCAAAGCACAUCCGAUCAGGAAUUUCAAAGGUGUAGUUAUAAAGCCUUCAUGUAAAGUGACCGAGCCAAUCAGUCCUGUUUUUAUGUCUGGUAAAAGUAAAAGGAAUAACAAAGAGAAUGAAUUGCAAAACUAGGUAAUGAAGUUGAAAUAUUGUGAUGAUUCUAUGCCAUUCUAUGAUUGAAGUAAUGUAUAUUGAUACCUUUUUGUAAAUUUUAAGAUCCUUUUUCUUAUAUAUUUUUUUAGAAUGAUACAUUAUCGAAAUGAAUUUUUUUUAAUAAAAUAGAUUUUAUCUUCUGAAAGUUUUUGCUCAGCGAAAAGGUAAAGUUUGAAUUAGAAAAAUAUAUACUUUGUAUGUAUUUUUCCUUAAAUAUGAUGAAGAUGAAAAUAUAUACCUAUUC